UCAUAACAAAAACUGUUUUUUUUUUUUUUUCUAUCUAAUAGCUUAAAUAAUGAAAAUGGAAAACAAGUUACCAAUGAUACUUGUGGCCAUGGCACUUGUCAUGAUUGCGAGUGUUAGUGCUCAAAAUUGUGGAUGUGCAUCGGACUUGUGUUGUAGCAAGUACGGAUACUGUGGCACCGGCGACGAUUAUUGCGGCGACGGAUGUCAACAGGGUCCUUGCUAUAGCUCACCAAGCACUCCGAGCACUCCUAGCUCCGGCAGCGGUAGUGUUAACGUCGCCGACGUAGUCACACAAGAUUUCUUCAAUUCUAUAAUCAGCCAAGCUGCUGCUAAUUGUGAAGGCAAAAAUUUUUACACUCGCGACGCUUUUCUUAGCGCUCUCAAUUCCUACAGUACUUUUGGUCAGCUGAGCUCAACCGACGACUCUAAGCGCGAAAUUGCAGCUGCCUUUGCUCAUUUUACACACGAAACUGGCUACUUUUGUUAUAUUAAUGAGCAAAAUGGUGCAUCACACAACUAUUGUGACUCAAGCUACACACAAUAUCCAUGCAACCCUAACAAGCAAUACUUUGGUCGUGGACCUCUCCAACUAACAUGGAACUACAACUACGGAGCGGCCGGAAACGCGAACAAUUUCGACGGAUUGAAUGCGCCGGAGACGGUGGGGAAUGAUGCCGUGGUGUCAUUCAAGGCGGCGUUGUGGUUUUGGAUGACCAAUGUAAGGCCAGUUGAGAGCCAGGGGUUUGGUGCAACCAUUAGGGCCAUUAAUAGUGGUGAAUGCAAUGGUGGUAACACUUCGGAGAUGAACGAUCGUGUGAACCUAUACAAACAAUACUGUCAAGAUUUUGGUGUUGCUCCUGGUGAUAAUCUUACUUGCUAAGUUAAUAAUGAUGAUGUAGUUGGAAGAAAUAUUAAUAAUGAUGUUAUAAUUAAUAAUAACAAUGGAUUACCCUCUUCACUAGUAAUAAUCCUCGAUUAUUGUAUCUUUUAUAUACGAAUGAAAAUAAAGUGAAUACCAGGAUUAUUUUAUGGCUUAA